AUGAGUCUUAACUGUCUUCAAAAUCCUGACCGGGGUUCGAACUCACAACGCCGAGGGAAGGAAAUUAACACUGCGAAUGGUUUGCACUCAGCUGAUGAGGAGUGCAGGUUUGAGCAACCUGACAGCAUUUCAGCCCUCGUGUUUCCUUCUGGUAGGAUGGCAACUAGACACUUAAAGGGUGCUACAGCCGAACGAUUAUUACUAGUAUUGCCGCUUCGGGAUCACACUGCUGGUCAGCAGCCCGUCGCCGAACGGUUGAAUUCAAACUUGUAUCCGGGAGGUCGUGUGUUCGAGACCGUCUGCAGUUUUGUGAGAUAUACACUGCUGAUGGUUCUCAAUGAGGAUGAAUGGUGA